GGCGGAACCGGGGGGCGCUGGGCCCCGGCUCGCACAAGGACCCCGUUACCGGCGCCGGUGCGCGGACGGGUGCGGGAUGAACUGCGAGCUCCUGGCUACCUGCAGCGCUCUGGGCUACCUGGAAGGGGCCGUGUACCACCGGGAGCCCGACUGCCUGGAAAGCGUUAAGGACCUGAUCCGGUACCUGCGCCACGAGGACGAGACCCGGGAUGUGCGGCAGCAGCUCGGGGCGGCGCAGAUCCUGCAGAGCGAUCUCCUGCCCAUCCUGGUGCAGUACCCGCAGGACAAGGUCCUGUUCGAUGCCGUGGUCAGGCUGAUGGUGAACCUGACGCAGCCGGCGCUGCUCUGCUUCGGCAAAGUCCCUGCGGAUGCCGGCUCCCGGCACCACUUCCUGCAGGUCGGGACUUACCUCCAGGCCUAUAAAGAGGCGUUUGCCAGUGAGAAGGUGUUUGGGGUGCUCAGUGAGAAGCUCUAUGACCUCCUGCAGCUCGACUGGGAGCAGCGGCAGGAGGAGGACACGCUGCUCAUCGAGAGGAUCCUGCUCCUGGUGCGCAAUGUCCUGCACGUCCCCCCGGACCCCACCGAGGAGCAGCGCGUGGACGGCGACGCCACCGUGCACGACCGGGUGCUGUGGGCGCUGCACAUCAGCGGCAUGGACGAUCUGCUCAAGUUCCUGGCCAGCGCCCAGACGGAGCAGCAAUGGGCGCUGCACGUCCUGGAGAUCAUCUCCCUCAUGUUCCGUGACCAGAGCCCGGAGGACCUGGCGGUGCUGGGGCAGGGCCAGGCGGGUGCUGAGCACAGCGAGGACACGCGGGAGCUGCAGAGCCUGCGGCAGCGGGAGCUGGCGGAGAAGAGGAGCCGGGCGCUGCAGCGCCCGUACAGGCACUCCCGGUUCGGCGGCUCCUACGUCCUGCAGGGCCUGAAGGCGAUCGGGGACCGGGACGUGGUGUUCCAUAAGGGGCUGCACAACCUGAAGAGUUACAGCCACGACCUGGGCAAGGAGCCGCGGCGCGUGCCCCGGCGGCGCCAGGCAGCCCCCGAGGCCGAGGCUCCGCACCGCUCCGCGCGCAACGUCCGCCUCUUCCUGCGCCGCUUCUGCCAGGACUUCCUGGAGGGCUGCUACAACCGCCUCAUGCUGCUGGUGAAGGACCACUUGGUGCGGGAGAAGGCUCAGCAGCACGACGAGACCUAUUACCUGUGGGCUUGCGCCUUCUUCAUGGCCUUCAACCGGCACCGCGGCUUCCGCCCGGAGCUGGUGUCCGAGACCGUGGGCGUCCGCGCCUUCCACUUCAUCGAGCAGAACCUCACCACCUACUACGAGAUGGCGCUGAUGGACAAGAAGGAGGCCGUGACCUGGGCACGCAGGAUGCACUUGGCUCUCAAGGCGUACCAGGAGCUGCUGCGCACGGUGCAGGAGAUGGACCGGUCCCCGGAGCCGGCGGUGCGGGACAGCAGCCAGGUCAUCAAGAGCAACAUCUUCUACCUGAUGGAAUACCGGGAGCUCUUCCUCACGCUCUUCCGCAAGUUCGACGAGACCAAGCAGCCGCGCAGCUUCCUGCGGGACCUGGUGGAGACGGCGCAUCUCUUCCUGCGCAUGCUGGAGCGCUUCUGCCGCGGCCGCGCCAGCCUCGUGGUGCAGAGCAAGCGUGUGCGGAGGAAGAAGCAGCCCCGCGCGCCCGCAGCCGCAGCCCCGCAGCCGCCCAGCGCCGAGGAGCUGCAGGAGCUGUGGGCAGGGCUGGCCCCACAGCUUCAGGCCUGUCUGCAGGGCGAGGUGCCCCUCCCCGAGGACGUGGUGCCCUUCGAUGCUGCGUCGGAGACGCCGGUGGAGGAGCAACGCGCCGAGGCCCUGCUGCGGAUCCAGGGGUGCCUGCGGGAUGCUCGGGUCCCCCAGGCCCUGCGGCUGCUCCGCUCUGCCCGGGAUGUGUGGCCCGAAGGGGACGUGUUCGGCCCCCCCAGUGCGGGCCCCCCCGAGGAGACCCAGCUGCUCCAGGACAUCCUCUUUGCUCCUCUGCCCCAGCACGCGCCCCCGGAGCCUGAGGAGCCGGAGGAAGAGGAGGAGGAGGAGGAAGAGGAGGAAGAAACCGUGCAGGUGUCGGAGAAGGAGUUCAACUUCCUCGACUACCUGAAGCGGUUCGCCUGUGCCCCCGUGGUGCGGGCGCUGGUGCUGCUGCUGCGGGGGUACCCCCGCAACAGCGCCCGCACCAACCACUGCGCCGCGCGCCUGCUGCACCGCCUGGCCCGCGACCUGCGCAUGGAGCCGCUGCUCUUCCAGCUCUCCCUCUUCGCCCUCUUCAACCGGCUCCUGCACGACCCCGCCGCCGGCGCGCACCAGGAGCUCGUGGCCUUGGCCAAGUUCAUCCUGGGCAAGUUCUUCGCGCUGGCGGCCACCAACAAGAAGGCGUUCGUGGAGCUGCUCUUCUGGAAGAGCCCCGCGGCCGCCCGCGAGAUGACCGAGGGCUACGGCUCCCUGCGGGAGGGAGAGGGUGCUGGCAGGAGCCGGGCCCCCCCCUGGACCCCGCAGGAGGAGCAGGAGCUGCGGGAGCUCUAUUGGAAGUACAAGGAAGUGGAAGGCUUGGACGUGGCCGGAGCCAUCCUGGCGCAGCUCCCGGCGCCCGGGCGCACCCGCAGGCACCUGGUGAAGCACUUGGUGCGCUUGGGGCUCAUCGGCAGCGCCCGCGACCUCCCGCGGCAGAGGAAGGGCACCCACAUCGUGCUGUGGACGCAGGAGCAGGAGGAGGAGCUGGCGCGGCUCUUUGAGGAGUUCCGGGGCUCGGAUGACGUGCUGGGCCGCAUCCUGCAGCACCUCACGGCGCGGCGCUCGCGGGCGCGGGUCGUGGACAAGCUGCUGGCGCUGGGGCUGGUGGCGACGCGCGCCGAGCUCUACAAGAGGCGCCGGAGGAAGGGCCAGGGCCCUGCACCGGCACCGGUACCGGUACCAUGGGGGGGGUGCUGGAGCCGGGGGGGGGGGCCCAGUGGGUGCUGCCCCAUCACAGGCACCCAAACCCCCCCGGUCCCCAUAGGGAGCCCCGGCAGCGCUGGCCCAGGACAGCUCGAGGAUGAAGAUGAAGACCCCAUGGAGGGGGCUGAGGAAGGGGCUGGGCAGGGCCUGGCGCAGCGGCUGCAGCAGGAAGGCCUGGCCGGGCCCCUGCGCUGGCUCCAGAGCUGCCUGCGGAGGACGGCGGGGGACCGGGAGGAGGAUGGCACCUCCCACCCGGUGCCGCUGGUGCCGCUCUCGGAGGAGAACGAGGACGCGAUGGAGAACCGGCGCUUCCAGGCCCUGCUGCGGCGGCUGGGGCUGCGGCCCCCCGAGAGCGAGCAGGAAACCUUCUGGCGCAUCCCGGCUGCGCUCACCCCACGGCUGCUCCGCCGGGCGGCCGCCUCCAUCACCCACCACGGCCCCGACCCCUCGGGGUGCCCCCGGGAGCUGCCGGAGCCACCCCAGUGCCCGCAGGACCCUGACCCAGCAGCAUCACCGCAGCCGCCGGAUUCGGAGAGUGAGGAGCCUGACCCCAGCCCCGUGCAGCCCCACACCAAGAGGCAACGGGACCUCGACAGCGAGGACGAGGCCUCCGGCAGCUCCGGUGGGUCCAGCCUGGCGCUGGGGGACAGGCCAAGCCCCACGUGUCGCAACAGCCCCUGA